AUGGCCUCAAGCCAAUAUAUACUUUACGACAUCCCCUCCGGCAAGGCACCAUGUGUGACAUGGUCUCCCAACCCAUGGAAAACUCGGCUCCUUUUCAAUUUCAAAGGUCUUGAUUAUCGAACGCAAUGGGUUGAGUACCCGGAUAUCAAGUCUACGUUGGAAACCCAUGUCACUGCCAAUACCGGAAACCCCGCAUACUCUAUCCCUACCAUUGCUUGUCCCGAUGGAAAAUACAUUGUGGAUUCUCGCAAGAUUGCGGACUACAUAGAGCGCCAAACCCCGCUUCCUUCGCUUCACUUAGACUCAAUCUAUCUCGAGAAAGUCGAGCGUAUAUGGUCUGAGUAUAUGAAAGCCACCAAGCCUAUAUUCAUUCCUCUGGUUCCAAAGCGGAUCCUCAACGCAGAAAGCCUUGACUACUGGUAUACAACUCGUUCAGCGAUGGUUGGGAUGCCACUUGAUCAAUUGGAGAGAGAGAAAGGUGGUGUUCGAGCAUGGAACGAGGCGGGGCCCGCCCUUUGCGAAGUGACUGCUUUGUUGAAGGAGAAUGAAGGGCCUUUCUUCAUGGGAAAUACUAUCAGCUAUGCUGACCUUGUAUGGGUUAGCAUCCUUCUCUUCAACCGAAAGUUAGGGUCAGACUUCUUCCAGGAAGCAAUGGAAAGGACUGGGGAUUCUCAGGUGCACCUGAAUCUAAUGAAGGCUGUUCAGCCUUGGUGUGGGGGAUAUGGUCAUUGA